GGGGGGGCGGGGUAUGAAGCCGCUGGAGAAAUUUCUAAAGAAGCAGACGUCGCAGCUGGCGGGGCGAACGGUGGCGGGAGGUCCCGGCGGGGGUCCGGGGAGCUGCGGCGGGCCUGGAGGGGGUGGGGGACCUGGCGGGGGCGGCGGUCCAGCCGGGGGACCGCGGCCGCUGCAGCGGCGUCAGAGUGUGUCUCGCCUGCUGCUCCCAGCUUUCCUCCGGGAGCCCCCCGCCGAGCCGGGGCUGGAGCCGCCCCCAGAGGAGGACGGAGGAGAGCCGGCGGGGGUCGCGGAAGAGCUCGGCAGCGGGGGCCCCUGUUGGCUGCAGCUGGAGGAGGUCCCAGGGCCCGGGCCGCUCGGGGGAGGGGGACCCCUGCGCUCCCCUUCCUCUUACUCCUCAGACGAGCUGUCCCCCGGCGAGCCUCUGACUCCUCCACCCUGGGCCCCUCUGGGCGCCCCCGAGCGGCCGGAGCAUCUUCUGAACUGGGUUCUGGAGCGGCUGGCUGGAGGGGCCACCAGGGACAGCGCCGCUUCAGAUACCCUGCUGGAUGACAUCGUCCUCACUCAUUCGCUCUUCCUUCCCACGGAGAAAUUUCUGCAGGAGCUGCACCAGUACUUUGUUUGGGCAGGAGGCAUGGAAGGCCCCGAGGGGCUGGGCCGGAAGCAGGCCUGUCUAGCCAUGCUCCUUCAUUUCUUGGACACCUACCAGGGGCUGCUGCAGGAGGAAGAGGGGGCUGGCCGCAUCAUCAAGGACCUGUACCUGCUGAUUAUGAAGGAUGAGUCCCUUUACCAGGACCUCCGAGAGGACACACUGAGGCUGCACCAGCUUGUGGAAACAGUGGAGCUAAAGAUCCCGGAGGAGAGCCAGCCACCCAGCAAGCAGGUGAAGCCACUCUUCCGCCACUUCCGUCGGAUAGACUCCUGUCUGCAGACCCGCGUGGCUUUCCGGGGUUCCGAUGAGAUCUUCUGCCGGGUCUACAUGCCUGAUCACUCUUACGUGACCAUACGCAGCCGCCUCUCAGCAUCUGUGCAGGACAUCCUGGGCUCUGUGACGGAGAAGUUGCAGUACUCAGAGGAGCCUGCGGGGCGUGAGGAUUCCCUCAUCCUGGUUGCUGUGGCCUCCUCAGGAGCUCAUUCUCCUGCAGAGAAGGUCCUUCUCCAGCCGACUGAAGACUGUGUCUUCACCACACUGGGCAUCAACAGCCACCUGUUUGCUUGCACCCGAGACAGCUUUGAGGCCCUGGUGCCCCUUCCUGAGGAAAUCCAGGUGUCCCCUGGAGACACGGAGAUCCAUCGCGGGGAGCCUGAGGACGUGGCCAACCACCUUACCGCCUUCCACUGGGAGCUGUUCCGCUGUGUGCACGAGCUGGAGUUCGUGGACUACGUGUUCCACGGGGAGCGCGGCCGCCGGGAGACGGCCAACCUCGAGCUGCUGCUGCAGCGCUGCAGCGAGGUUACCCACUGGGUGGCCACCGAGGUGCUGCUCUGCGAGGCCCCGGGCAAGCGCGCGCAGCUGCUCAAGAAAUUCAUCAAGAUCGCGGCCAUCUGCAAGCAGAACCAGGAUCUGCUGUCCUUCUACGCCGUGGUCAUGGGGCUGGACAACGCCGCCGUCAGCCGCCUGAGGCUCACCUGGGAGAAGCUGCCAGGGAAAUUCAAGAACUUGUUCCGCAAAUUUGAGAACCUGACGGACCCCUGCAGGAACCACAAAAGCUACCGGGAAGUGAUCUCCAAGAUGAAACCCCCUGUGAUUCCUUUCGUGCCUCUGAUCCUCAAAGACCUGACUUUCCUGCACGAGGGAAGUAAGACCCUGGUAGAUGGCUUGGUGAACAUUGAGAAGCUGGUUGUGUCAAAAAUAUCUUUAAGGGACUUCCGUGGUGGUCCAGUGGUUGAGUCCACCUGCCAAUGCAGGGGACAUGAGUUUGAUCCCUGGUCUGGGAAGAUUCCACUUGCUGCAAGGCAACUAAGCCUGCAAGCUGCAAAUACUGAGUUCUUGUGCCGAAACUGCUGAGCCUGUGGGCCUAGAGUCUGUGCUCCCCAACAAGAGACGCUACUGAAAUGAGAAGCCCGUGCACAGCAAUGAAGAGUAGCCCCGCUCACCACAACUAGUGAAAACCUGCAGGCAGCAACGAAGACCCGGCACAGCCAAACAUAAAUAAAUAAAUACAUAAAAAUUUAUAAAAAUAAAUCUUUAAAAAAGUUUAGGGGAAAAAAUCCUGAUGUAAUCAAGGUCCAUGCAUUGCAUCUGGCUGUUAGGUCUCAUUAGCCUCUUAAUCUAGAAUAGCUUCUUUUUUAGAUGACAUUGACUUUUCAGUCUAGACAGAUAUCUUGUAAAUGCAUGAAUUGUCUGAUUGUUUCCCCAAGGCUCUUGUUUACUUUUACCUUCAUCCCCUCCGUAGAGUCUAAGCUACUGGUUCUGUCUAGAGAGGAGUGUCCAAUACAAAUAUAAUGUGAGCCAUGUUGGUAAUUAAAAUUUUUCUAGUACUCACAUUAAAGAAGUAAGAAGAAACAGAUAAGUUAAUUGUAAUAUUUUAUUUAACUCACUGCAUCCAAAAUAAUGUCAUUUCAGCUUGUAAUCAAUAUAAACAUAUUAAUGAGACAUUUUACUUUCCUUUUUUUGUAUUAAGUCUUUGAAACUUGGUGUGCAGGUUUACUUGCAGCAUAUGUGGAUUCAGACUAAUCACUUUAAAAUUUAUUUUUAAGUGAAGUAUAGUUGAUUUACAAUGUUGUGUCAAUUUCUGCUGUACACCAAAGUGACUCAGUUAUACGUAUAUAUAUACAUUUUAAAAAUAUUCUUUUCCAUUAUGGUUUAUCCCAGAAGAGUGAAUAUAGUUCCCUGUGCUAUAUAGUAGGACUUUAUUGCUUAUCCAUUCUCAAUACAAUAGUCUACUAACCCCAAACUCCCAGUCCAUCCCUCCCUGACCCUAACCUCCCCUGGCAACCACAAGCCUGUUUUCUACGUCUGUGCAGACUAAAUCACAAUUUAAUUGAUCAACAGCUACCAGUGACUAUUGGUUCCUAGAUUGGACCGUAUAGUUCUAGUGGUUUUCUGGAGCUUAAAUAUUCUAGGGAAGAAUACUUUAUAGGUGAUGUUGUUAAUAGCAUUACACCAGGAGGCAAAUAGUGUCCAUCUGGCCCCUGUUAGUGGUGGCUGAGGUUGACUCUGUGGUUAAAGAGGCGCUACCAGAUUUCUCCAUUAAAAAGAUACCCUUCCCCGCCCUGCCCCCGCUUUGCAGUUAGUAUGCAGUGAUUUUUGCAUCUGGCAAAUAUCCUGUGUAUCCCAACCAUUCACUCUUGUUCAAAAGUUAUUUUUAAAUGUAUUGUGUAACAUUUCAAUCAUACAAAAAGUUUAAAGACAAAUAUAAUGAA